UAGGGAAUGGCAUGGAUAUGCUAAUUUCACCAUUACAAAAUGUGAAAAAGCUUAUCUCAAUCGAUUUGGUAGACGGGAGAGCGGUCCAUUUCCUCUAAUUGCAGCGAUGGCCUCAACAAGUUUGUCCCCUCUUCCAUGUCUCACACUUUCUUCUUCUUCAAACCUGCAUUCGUGUCUUGCAUUUGGUGAAGCAGGGGCAGGAGCAAGAGCAACAAGAGCAAUAUGCCGUGGGAAGCAAAUGGGUGGCAUCAAAAUUUCGCACAAGUACGAGAGCUUGAAGGCAAGCAGUGUAUCUGCAUCUGCAAGCUUGACUCUGGACUCAUUCUUCGGAGAGAGCGAAGACGAGGGAGGUGAAGAGUUGAAGGAGAAGGCCAAAUGUCCACCAGGGCUGCGCACGUACGAGAUGAUGCUUGUUCUCAGGCCUGACAUCUCAGAAGAGGACCGCCUCGCCCUCACACAACGUUACGAGGAGAUGAUUGUUGCGGGUGGUGGCAUUGGUGUUGAAGUAUUCAAUCGGGGCUUGAUUCCACUGGCAUACAGUAUAAAGAAAAGAGUAGCAUUGACUGGCGAGUUAGAUACAUUUUUGGAUGGGGUCUAUCUCUUGUUCACAUACUUUGCAAAGCCAGAGACAGUUCUAGCACUUGAAACAACGAUUAAAAAAGAAGAUGUUGUAAUUCGUUCAUCAAUUUUUAAGAUCAGAGAAAGAAAAUAUUGAUAUUUUGUUUUAUUUGUCUCUGCUGCUUCUACCUUGGCGCUAUUGUUGCCAUAGCAGUUAUGGUAUACUUGACAGCCAAAGGGAUCAGAUUUCCUUGGUUUAUUACAGCUGGGAGCAGGGCCAUAUCAUUUCAUGUAGACCUUUGUAUGAGUGUGCUGUUCUCAAUACAGUUAUAAUGCAGUUGCAUUCUAAUUCUGA